AUGCUCCCAAAGUCACCAACAGCCGAGCUCGACGAGGCUGCUUCCCCCCCUGCGGCGUCCAGCAGCCUGGGGCCAAAGCCAGUAGCCAAGAUCUCAUGUCUCGCAUGUCGCGCCGCCAAGCGCAAGUGCCUGACGCCUGACGCGUUCACCGUCUGCAAGCGAUGCACUGACCAGGGCAUCGAGUGCGAAUACCAGAAACAUCGGCGAGGGCGGAGGAAGAAGAACCCCGACAACGUGCCGGCCACGAGCCGCAGCCGCAGCCGCUCGCGCUCACGCUCACCGUCACGUCAUGACACUAGCCCAUCACGUCCUCUGGUGGACCGCGGCCGGCCAGAGAGAGACAACUCGAUUUCCAGAUCAGCUAUCCGCAGCCACAGUAUCCGCUUCUCACAUGUCGUGCCAGUCGAGGGCGACUCGUCUCCCUACAUUCCCCGACCCACCUCGCAGCCGCCCGCAACGGGCGGUGCCAACCUCGCCCUCCUCCGCACCGACUGUCCUGAUCCCGUCAUGAGUGGCUUCCUCUCCGAGGCCGACGCGUACGAGCUCUUUGAAUUUUACUUCCACCAUUUGAACGUCGCGGUCGCCAUCCUCGAUCCGGUCCUCCACACGGCAACGUACUGCCGCGACAAGAGCCCGCUCCUCUUCUCCGCCGUACUCACCGUCACCGCCAAGAUCAUCCGCCCCGAAGCGUACCCAUCGUGUCUGUUCAUCGCGAACAAGCUUGUCGGGCAGGCAGUCGAGUUCGGCCUGUGCUCGAUCGAAAUCGUCCAGGCCAUCAUCAUGCUCACGCACUGGAAGAAAGCGGACGACUCGACUUCCUGGCGCAAAGUCGGGUACGCGAUUCGAAUGGCGCAGGAACUGCGUCUGAACCAGCGAGCGCCGAGGCCCCUGCCCCGCAACGAGCGACAAGCUCGCGAGAUCCUCAACAAGGAGCGAUGCUGGCUCAACCUCAUCGUCGCCGACUACCACCUCGCAAUGCACCACUCGCUCCCCCGCAUGAUCAACCAGGACGACGUCGACGACCCGAUGGAGUGGAUCACGGAACACCCGCACCUCCCGUGCCCUGGUGAGGCGGUCAUCGCCCCGUGGAUCAGCUUCUCCCGCCUGUGUCGCCUCUUCGCAGACAUGCUUGCGGGUAUGAAUGGUAGCCCGUCAAAUCUCCGAAGCUUACACUGGCUCGAGAUGGAGUACAAGCGGUGGAAUAGGCGCUGGAUCGAGAAGAACUCCGAGUACGGGUUCCUGCAACAGCAGGUUGCCAUGGUCAAGUUGUGCGGCAGUCUGCUCCACUUCCACAUCUGCGAGUACCAUCUACUCUUUACUGCGCGGUAUCGCUCCAGCGGCGCGACACUGGACACCUCUGAGCCAUCGCCACUGAGCUACGCGUUUGCCGAGUGCGCCGACGUGGCGCUGGGCUUGCUCGAGAUCUUCCAGACAGAUUUCGUUGCCAACGACUACCUCCCCUUCUGCUUCAACAUGACUUGGGUUGGCGUGGCCAUCACUAGUGUGUGGCUGGUCAAGAACAUAGGCGCGAUGGACAAGAUGGACCGCAAGGCCGUGAUCCGCAAGCUCACCGAGGUGGCUGACUCUACGGCGACAGCCUCCCGCUCCUCUGAGGACAUGCCAGCCUACACCCACCGCCUCAUCAAACACCUCCUGGACUCGGUCUGCCCGGAGUGGCAUCUGGCCUCCACCAAGUCCUCAGCAGUCCCAGCAGGCGACGGCGACGGCGGUUCGUCCACCUCGGGCCCGACGCCUGGGAUCGCCAUCGCGCCGCCGCAGACGUGGAACAUGCCUAGCGCACAGCAGAUGAUCCAAGAGACCCUCUGGCACCCGUCCGUCUUCCAGGACAUACCGACCCUCCGCACACCCGCACAGCACAACCAGUGCACGACCGGCAACUCGGCGUACCACCCGCCGCAACCUGAUAGCAUUCCACAGCCGAUCACGAGCGACGUGCUCUUCCCUGCGGCUGACGACGAUAUCUGGAAGCUUCUUUUCCCGCUAUAG